GAGAGAGAGAGAGAGAACAUAUACAUCUGUUAUAUACCGUUGUUUUAUCCCUACUGUUGAUCAAACUGCCAGUCAUUCCCCAAUCAGAUUGUCUUAGUCUGUUUGGUUUCUCGUGCUAGAUAUUUGGUGUAGUAAAUUUAAUGUGAUUAAAUAUUUAAUCAGAGUAAUGGGAGCAGUACGAGUAAUUAAUGACGACCGUCAUUUCUAUAGUGAGUUAGCCAGUGCUGGACAUAAACUUGUAGUUGUAGAUUUUACAGCAAGUUGGUGUGGGCCUUGUCAAAGAAUUGCUCCAAUUUUUGAACAACUGUCAUUGAAAUAUCCCAAGGCAAUAUUUUUGAAGGUAGAUGUGGAUAAAUGCAGAGAAACUGCUGCGAUGCAGGAUGUACAUGCAAUGCCCACAUUUAUUUUUUACCGUAAACGUGCAAAGUUGGGACAAUGUCAGGGUGCAGAUCCAACAGGGCUGGAAUCAAAAAUUCAACAAUUCUAUGGUUGUGGCGACUCCAAUGAAACUGAUGAUUCAAUUGGAGAUUCUGCAUCAGGACAUAUGGACCUAUCCUGUUUCAUAACAAAACAACAAUGUGAAUGUUUAAACGAGUCGGAUUAUCAUACAUUUUCUCAGUGCUUGAAUUCGGAUAGCGGAUAUCUACAAAGCGAUGAGGACGAGCAGUUGAUAAUGUCUAUAGCAUUCUCCCAACCUGUCAAGAUUCAUUCGCUCAAAAUCAAAGCACCCGCAGAAAAUGGACCGAAAAAUGUCAAACUAUUCAUUAAUCAACCUAGGACAAUCGACUUCGAAAUGGCGAAUUCCAAUACGAGUAUUCAAGAUCUAACGUUAUCAGCUAAGGAUCUUGAAGAAGGGAAUCAAAUUCCUCUACGCUACGUUAAGUUCCAGAAUGUGCAAAAUCUUCAAAUCUUUGUGAUAGAUAAUCAGAAUGGCUCAGAAAUAACAAGAAUCGAUCAUUUAGUCAUAAUUGGUUCACCGAUCUCAACUACUAAUAUGGGAGAAUUUAAAAGAGUGUCUGGCAAAAAAGGAGAAAGCCACUGAGAAUUUCCUAUAAAAAUGAUUUAUUUUAACCGGAAUUUUUAUUUGUAUACUAACAUUCCUUUAUAAUUUCUUUAUUAUUUUCUUUUCACAAGAUCUAAUGUAUAACGACCAUGCAUCAGUAAUAAAAUUUUAUUUGAA